ACAAUGUUUUUAAAUUUACUGACCAGAAAACUUGGCUGAGAGUUGAAUUAAGUGCCUGUUGUGUUUUUCAGUGAAAUGCAAAUCUUACAGAUCACUUCUUACAGUUAGGAAAACUGCACUUCUUUGUGUAAUAUUAGAGCAAUUAUAGUUUUCCUGUCUUAGGGCAGAGGUUCAGUAUUCCAUGGGGAGAAAAAAAACAGUAAUUACCUUUGUUACUCUUCUCUUUCUUUAGAGGAAUAUUCUAGCAUAUCCAUUAUAUCCGUAACUUCUUAAAUUUGUGACUUGGGUGUCUUCUAAAAAGGCUCAGGAUUAUUUUUUCCUUCAGUGUGUGCUGAAUUUUAGGUGCGAUGGAAAAGUUAUCCAAAGUGAUACUUCCUUUGACUCUGAGCAUCUGUGGCCCGUGUUUCAGUCACUUCAAGCUGAAUUCAUGUGGCCCUCAGUGUAAGUGCUGUGUCCAGACACAUCCAAAUGAGCACCAAGCUGGAAGUUUGUGAACACUCUGGAGGAUGCCCCAGCUGUUGUACUGCAACAGCAUGCCUUGAAAAAAACAGUAGCUCCCAAGUGACUCAGCAUGGCUUGGUCUUCGAAAUGGAGUUUUGUUUGUGUAUUCCUAGUCCAGCAGUAAAUUCUGCUUUAACAUAACUGUCAGGUUUGCUACUCGAAAUUUGCACAUAAUUGGAAGUGAAACGAUAUCUUUCUCAUAUUUUUUGGCCUAACACCUAUACCUGUGGAAACAUAACACUGUAAAAACAAUUCUUAUAAAGCAGCAGGUUAUGCUCUCCUGUUUGCCUACAUGAUUUACUAACGUUCUGCUUAUUAAAGCCAUUACUGGUCAAUCAGAUACUUUUAGACUUUACCACAGUUAUAAAAGUCGGCUUGAUGUAGUAAAAACUUGUCUCUCUGACUAAUGUAUGAACAUAGGAGAAUGCCAGUCUGAAUUUAUUGUUUGAAACAUAGAUAAGGCUCAGCAUGGUGGCUCAUGCCUUUAGUAAUCCCAGCAUUUUAGGAAGCCAAGGCAGGCAGAUCACCUUAGGUCGAGAGUUCAAGACCAGCCUGGCCAACAUGGUGAAAUGCCGUCUCUACUAAAAAUACAAAAAUUAGCCAGGUGUGGUGGCACAUGCCUGUAAUCCCAGCUGCUCGGGAGGCUGAGGCAGGAGAAUUGCCUGAACCUGGGAGGUAGAGGUUGCAGUGAGUGGAGAUCGCACGAUUGCACUCCAGCCUGGGUGACGGAGCGAAACUCCGUCUCAGAAAUAAAAUUUAAAAAGAAACGUGAUCCUGCUAUGUUGCCCAGGUUAGACUCAAGCUCCUGGGCUCAAGCAAUCCUCCUGUCUCAGCCUUCUAAGUAGCUGGGACUACAGGAGCAAACCACUGUGCCUGGCAGGAAUUACUCUUUAAAAAGAGUUUAUGUUGCUUGUAUUCAUUUGAGAAAAAAUGAGUUGAAGAAAUGGUAAUUGUUGGUCAAAGAAGCCAAAAGAUUUAAAUAAGGUCUUGUGUGUGGGUAUGUGUAUGUGCAUGUAUUUAUUGAAGAAAAUAUGUUUCAAUCUGAGAAUUAGAAAAUUGGAUAUUUCAUUUUAAUUAUUUAUUUAAAGAGUAGAAUGUUCUUCCAUUAUUGAAUCUUCUUUUAUCCCACCAAAUGGCUUAACCUAAUUUGCCCUGCUUAUUUUGUUUAAGAAACAGGGAAACACCCUAAAAUCUGUGAUAAUUUUCAAAAUAUAAUUUUAAGAAGCUUUGCGCUUACAUAAAUCACAAGAAGAAAUACAGCUGGAAAUCAUUUCACUUUUCUUGCUGUAAAUUUUUUUAGUGGGUUUGUGACAGUAUAAAUUUUCUUGCUAGAUGCUAAUGAUACAUUGUAUUAUCUGUAUUAGGAAUUAAAUAUUUAAUGGGAAUAGUGAAUAAAUUGAUCUGCUCUCAUGCUGUUAUCUAAGAUCUUAUACUACCAUUACAUUCCUUUCUGUAGUCAUAUCUCAUAUUUGAAAGGUCUCAUGUUGUAAAUAUUUGACUUGCUGUAAAAUUAUACAAGAUAAAAAAUGUAGAGUUUUAUUUUUCUUCAUCUAGAAUGCACAGAAUAACUGUGCAAGGAAUGGGUGCAUAGGGCUUCUUUUCCUUUUAAAUUUGUACUGCUAAAUACACCAAGGAAACUGACAUCAAAACCAAAUUCAAGGACUUCCACAGACAUUUCAGGUCAAUUUUAGUUCCAAACCGAAGAAAUCUUUUAAAAGUUCUUAUAUAGCCCAGUUUUCUUUUCUUGAUGAAAUGUUAACUAGACACCUGGUUUGUCAGCUUUUAUUUUGACCCCACAGUUUUUUUUUUGGAGACGGAUUCUCACUCUGUUGCCCAGGUUGGAGUGGAAUGGUGUGAUCUCGGCUUACUGCAACCUACGCCUCCUGGGUUCAAGCGAUUCUCCUGCCUCAGCUUCCUGAGUAGCUGAGAUUACAGGCGCCUGCCACCACGCCCUCUAAUUUUUGCAUUUUUAGUAGAGAGGGGGUUUCACCAUGCUGGCCAGGCUGGUCUCAAACUCCCGACCUCAGGUGAUCUGCCUUCCUCAGCCUCCCAAAGUGCUGAGAUUACAGGGGUGAGCCACCGUGCCCGGGCCCCACACUUUGUUUUUAUGUUAAGGCAGUUGGAGGAACUGAACUUUGAUCCUGAUCCUUUAUAUACUCCCAUGGUGAAACUGAGCCCAUUUGACUUAACACGUAAUAGAUCUGUGCAUUAGGAAAACUUGGUAGAGAAGAUUAUAUGCAGAUAUAAAGUAUCUAAACUCAUUUGUUACGAACCAACGAUAAUGAGGGAAAACCUGGACGUCCACAUACGUAUUUUCUUGAAUUAAAGAAAAAAAACUAGACACCGACAAAGGAGAGUUGAACUGAGAAACGGUACCCUGAAAUCUGCAGAAAUGAGGGAAAGAGGCAGGGGGCCACAAAGAACUUUGUUUGUCCUUUUCAGAGAUCCCCAGAUAAGCCCUGCCCCCUUCCCCCCACCCCCUGACAGAAUGUUGGGUUUCAAAGAAUGAGCAGAUUAACGGAUAUCAAGUUGUGUGGCCUGAACUGAGGAUAAAGAAUAAUUUGCCUGAGUUACAGUACUGGCUGGAUCACUACAGGCCUUCUACUUGGAAUAUCUUCCCAUGAAAGUAAAAGGAAUAUAACUAAGGAAGAUUAAAGUUGUUGCUGUUGGAAGGAAGACAUACUAAAGAAACUGCCGAAGGCCAGGAGAGAAGCAGGAGGAGAAACACAGCUUGAAGUUCUGUAAGACUGAGAGCUGGGCAAGAACUGCCAAUAAGGGAGCCAGUGUGGAUCUGAGACUAACACCUGAGCCUCCAAGGGUUUGUGUGCGAGGGAGAGCUCUGCUGAUGGACAUAGGCCCAGAAUCAUUAACUGAUUUAUUUGGGCCAUGUCAGUGGUGGCAUUAUUAAAAGACUCUGCCAACAUCCUGUUUCCUCUAUGGAAAAACCAAGUGGCCUUGGAAGAGGCUAAGAUAAAGUUUCAAACUUGGGCUCCACAGAAGUGGAACUUGAGGCUGGGGCUAGUACCAGGACCUUCAUGUAUCAGGUUAGAGAUUUUGAUGCUUUUGGUGAUUUUUGUGCCAUGCAUGUACUGUCAUCAGGGAUCAAUCUAUUACUCUUUCUAUGAAAUAAUUAUUCCAAAGAGGCUGACAGUCCAGGGAGGAGAUAGUCCAGUGGAAGGACUGUCCUACUUGCUAUUUAUGCAAGGCCAGAAACACUUGGUUCAUCUGAAGGUGAAAAGAAGCCAUUUUGUGAAUAACUUUCCAGUCUACAGUUACCACAAUGGCAUCCUGGGGCAAGAAGUACCUUUCAUCUCACAUGACUGCCACUAUGAAGGCUACAUAGAAGGAGUGUCAGGUUCUUUUGUUUCUGUCAACACCUGUGCAGGUCUCAGGGGCAUCCUGAUUAAGGAGGAAAAAUCUUACAGCAUUGAGCCCAUGGACUCUUCAAGACGGUUUGAACAUGUGUUAUACACCAUGGCACAUCAAGCGCGAGUCUCCUGUGGUGUCACUUCCAGAGACAGCCAUGUGGUGUCUGCUAGCUGGCAACAAGGGAGCAGGAAGCCCCAUGAUCUACAGGCGCUGUCCUACUUGUGGUCACACAAAAAGUAUGUGGAGAUGUUUGUGGUGGUCAACAACCAGCGGUUCCAGAUGUGGGGCAGUAACGUCAAUGAGACGGUCCAGAGAGUAGUGGAUGUCAUUGCUCUGGCCAACAGCUUCACUAGGGGAAUAAAUACAAGGGUGGUGCUGGCCGGAAUGGAGAUUUGGACCGAGGGGGACCUAAUAGAUGUCACAGUGGACUUGCAAAUCACACUCAGGAAUUUCAAUCGCUGGAGACAAGAGAUGCUCUUCCAUCGCGCGAAACACGAUGUUGCCCACAUGAUCGUUGGGCAUCACCCUGGACAGAAAAUGGGCCAGGCCUUUCUCAGUGGUGCCUGCUCAAGCGGUUUUGCAGCAGCUGUUGAAUCCUUCCAUCAUGAAGAUGUGCUGUUGUUUGCAGCCCUGAUGGUCCAUGAGCUCGGGCACAACCUGGGUAUUCAGCACGACCACUCGGCCUGCUUUUGUAAAGAUAAGCACUUUUGCCUCAUGCAUGAAAAUAUCACAAAAGAAAGUGGCUUCAGCAACUGCAGCUCUGACUACUUCUACCAGUUCCUUCGAGAACACAAAGGGGCCUGCCUAUUUAACAAGCCAUGGCCCAGGGGCCGCAGGCGUAGGGAUUCUGCCUGUGGAAAUGGCGUGGUGGAGGACACGGAGCAGUGUGACUGUGGCUCUGCCUGUCACCUUGACCCAUGCUGUGAUGCCACAUGUACUCUGAAGGAGAAUGCUGAGUGCAGCCAUGGCCUCUGCUGUCUGGGCUGCACUUUCAGAAGGAAGGGGUUUUUAUGCCGUCCUACUCAGGAUGAGUGUGACCUCCCAGAAUACUGUGACGGUAGCUCUGCAGAAUGCCCUGCAGACAGCUACAAGCAAGAUGGCACGUUGUGUGAUAGAAUUCACUAUUGCUCUGGGGGUCAGUGUAAGAACCCUGAUAACCAAUGUGUGAAUAUAUAUGGGUACCCUGCAAGAUCUGCCCCGGAAGACUGUUACAUUUCAAUAAAUACCAGAGGAGACCGGUUUGGAAACUGUGGCCGUCCCACUGAGGAUCAGCAAACAUAUGUUACAUGUUCAGGUGAUAAUGUAUUUUGUGGGAAACUCAUAUGUACAGGUGUUCAAUCCUUAUCACGAGUCAAAGCUCAACAUACAGUGAUCCAGGUCCCUCAUGACAAUGACUGGUGCUGGAGCAUGGAUGCCCAUAACAUUACUGAUAUCCCUGAUGACGGAGAUGUGCGCAUCGGCACUUCUUGUGCCCCAAAUAAAGUCUGCACGGAUCACUCCUGCGUUCAUCACUCCAUACUCCUGUAUGACUGCAGACCAGAGGAAUCGUGUCAUGGGAAAGGAGUUUGCAACAAUUUAAGGCACUGCCAUUGUGAAUUUGGUUUUGCUCCUCCUGACUGCAAAAAUCCAGGAAAUGGAGGCAGUGUGGACAGUGGUCCCCCAGGAAUGCAAGUUACUGACAACAAUGAAAGUGGUAUUGAAGGUAGUGCUCGUGUUCAACGUCAGGGACAAGACCUAGACUAUAAACUGAUAGCGUUCCUGGUCCCUUUGUUUCUUGUACUUUUAUUGUGCACUCUACUUACAAUGUCUUACCUCUGCUCUGAAGUUCAGACAGCAGUGGCUGAAGUAGAGGAGUCAUCAACAGAGACAACAUUGGAAUCAGAGCUGACUUCAGCAGAUAAGGGCCCAACAGCAGAGGAAAUCCUACCACCAGAUGAGGAGGCCCCACCACCAGGAGAGGAAGCUCUGCCACCAGCAGAGGCCCCACCACCAGCAGAGGCCCCACCAGCAGAGGCUGCCCCGCCAGCAGAGGCUGCCCCAGCAGAGGCUGCCCCGCUGCCAGAGGCUGCUGCCCCGCCACCAGAGCCUCCCCCCACACCACAGGCUCCGCCACCAGAGGCUGCCCCCCCACCACAGGCCCCGCCACCAGAGGCUGCCCCCCAACCAGAGGCUCCCCCUGCGCCACAGGCCCUACCACCAGAGGCUCCCCCAGCACCACAGGCCCCGCCACCAGAGGCCCCACCAGCACAGUAGGCCCCACCACCAGAUGCCCAGAAAGAGCCAGCACCAAAAGAGGAAGCCGGUAAAAGACAGGAAAAGCUGAAGGAGAAGAAUGAAGGAUGAAGCCAAAUAUCUCAAACAUGUCAGGCAUUGAGUGGGAAUAAGCAGCUCAUAGAAGCAAAUGCGAUGUGAGAAUUGGUGUCUACAGAGGCUGUGACUGGACUAUGUAAUCUGUAGAAACAUACUAAUGUACGAAGAGGGAUUCCCCCUGUAUGAAGAGGGCUUUCCUCACUUACAGUAUUCAUUGUAAACUCAUUAUAUUCUCAUACAUAAAAUCAUAUAUAAAAUAUGUAUUUCUGUUUUCUCACGUUUCAUGAAAUAAUUUUAGCUCUUCUCAUGGGUCAUUGCUAUCAAUGUCUUGUUUCAAUUGGGCCAAUUUCUGAGUCACCCAAAUUGCUUUUCAGGGCAUAUAAACUUUCAUUCACAUGAUCUGAUGUAAUGUAUUAUCGAUUAUCCAUGCCUAUAUUGCUGUGACUGGGUUAUUCAUCCCAGUAAUAGUGACCCAUUAUGUUAGGAAUGUUAUUAUAGUGAUUGAAUAUUCUAAUAUGCCCUGUCUGCUUCUAUUCAAGAAAUAUAGGUGAUUUUAAAUAAAUAAAAAGUUUUUUUCCACAUGAAUCAUCACUCCCUGUAAUCCCAGCUGAGGCAAGAGAAUCGCUUGAACCCGGGAGGCCAGGGUUGCAGUGAGCAGAGAUCGUGCCAUCGCACUCCAGCCUGGGGGACAAGAGCAAGACUUGUUCUCAAAAAAAAAAAAAAAAAGUGAGCGAAAAGACAUGUCCUUAACUGCCCAGAACACGGCUUUAUCUUCAGUGACUCUAAUGAAACCAAAGCCAUACAAAUGAAUGUUGAUCCUAUCAUGAACCUAUGGCAUUGUGUAGUCAUUACGGUUUAAAGUGUCUUUUCCUUUACUACAUCCUGACAGCAUGGCUGGCAAUAAGGUUGGCAUCUUAUUUAGCUCUGAGGGCCUGGCUUAUGGUAGGUGCUCAAUAAGUGUUGGCCAAGUCAAUGACAACCAGAGCCAACCUCAAAAUAUGGGGAUUGCUAGUCUCUAGGCAUGGCACAUGCAAAAUUUUCUCAAGUACGAUAGAGCUACAGACUGAGCAAAUGUUCUGUCUCAGGGAAGGUCCUGAGCAUUAGUCCCCGAGCAUACACUUGCCAAGCCUCUCUUCUAACUGCCUACUCUAUGCGCGAUAACAGAGCAAACCAAAGGAUAACUCCUGCUGUCUGCUUUCAAGAAACUUAUGUUAGUUACUCUGAGUGGAAUAAAAACUUCAAAGCAAAAUCCGAAA